AUGAUGAAUUCGGAUGGUACAGGUGCAACAGCGCAAAUAGAUGAUCAACAAAUGAUCAGUAUAGCUGAGCGAGAAAAUUAUAUAACAAGAUUAACAAAUAUUUUUGGUGGUAAUCGUGAUUUAGCUAUACGUUUUGAUGAUGCUGCCUAUAAUAGGAGUGGAGGAAAAUUAUUACUCUAUCGAAGAAUAAUACAAACAUUAUUACAACAAAGAAAUCAACAAAUACAACAGCAACAACAGUCACAGCAGCAGCAACAACAACAACAACAACAACAAUCGAUAAUGAAUUCACAAGGUCAACAACAAAUGUACAUGCAAUCUCAAUCAACACAAAUGAAUGUAAUGCCUCAACAACAACAACAGCAACCAUCACUUCAACCUUCCUAUACAAUGUCAGCACCACAACCAACGUCAUCAAUCGUUCAACCAACAUCAAUGAUGAAUAUCAAACAAGAACCACAAGUUUCUUUAUCUAAUAUGCAAUCAAGACCACCUACACAAAAUUUUCCAAUACAACAGCAACAAAUCAAACAAGAAUUAAUGCCACCACCGAUACAACAACAACAACAAUCAGGACUUCAAGUUCAACAAAUGCGAUCACAACAACAGCCAUUGCCACCUCCACCACCACCACAAUAUAUGCAACAACAACAACAACAACAACAACAACAACAACAACAACAGCAACAACAACAACAGCAACAACAACAACAACAACAGCAACAACAGCAACAGCAGCAAGCAUCAGCAUUACCUUCUCAACCUACAUCAGGUGUACCUCAACAACGUACUCUUGCUCAGCAUCUACAGCAAGUACGUCAACAAAAUCAUCUCAAUCAACAACAAGCACAACAAGAACCGUCUAAUUCUUCUCAAUUACCACAACAACAACCAACUAAUUCUACAGUACUACCACAAUCAUCAUCAACAUCAUCUGGUAGUCAAGAUGAAAUACUUCAACAUAUUCUUACCAGUCCAAAUCCACCUAAACAACCACCGACUGUUGCACAAGUUAGACUGCGUACCAUGAAUCGAAAUAUUCGUAAUCAAGCACCACAAAUUAAUCAAGCAGUACAACAACAACAACAACAGCAACAGCAACCAAGUACAAUGGCACCAGGAUCGGAUUCAAUGAUGGCUUCUAGCAGUAAUAAUGCUAUUCAAUCACCUCAUUCUCAUCCUGGUAUGAUGCAACAACAGCAAACACCUAUAGGACCACCUGGUCAAAGUCCAUUAGCACGUUAUAUGAUGGCUCAAUCACCACAAGGUGGUGUUUAUCGUCCACCAAUAUCUCCAAUGAAUAUGAUGAAUUAUUCUGGUAGUCCAACAAUGAUUGAUGAAGAAAUGCAUUUUCUCUUUAAAUUUUUUACUGAACGUAUUCAAUAUUUAACUCGAAUAAUUGCUCGAUGUCAACAAGAAGGUCAAUCUGAUAAAGUAGCUAAAUAUCGUCAAUUGCAUGAUCAAAUAUCUAAUUUUGUUCGAAAUCUCAUUCCUGAACAUUUAAUGGCUGCACGUCGCCUCAAAGAACAUGUUGAUCGCAUGCUUGGACCAGUAAUUAUGCCAACAAUGAAUGAUAUGUCAACAAUGGUACUCUCAAAUACAAAUGGUACUCGUUUAAUGACAAAUGGAAUAUUUGAACAGUGUCAACGUACAAUUGCUGAUUAUUUAAAUAAAGAUUCAGCAUUAAAAUAUAAUAUUGCAAAACGGUUCUUAGAGCCACUAAGUGAAGUUCUUAAUGGUGUACCACAUAAAAGUAUACGAUUGGAUACAGAAUCAAAACAAAUAGUCGAAUCUAAUCUAUCUUCCAUAAAUAAUCAUUCUUCAACAUUACGAAAUAUAAUCGAAAGUGAAUUUGCUCAUUUAUCGAUGGAUACCUUUUCUUAUGAAUUAAAACCUAUGCAUGAUAAAAUAUCACCAUCAUCAUCAAUUCUUAAAAAUAAAGAUUCAAUUAUAAAUGAUUAUGAAUUAACAUGUCGUCUUGUUGAAAUCAAUAUGCCUAUAGUACCGCCAUUAAAAAUGAAAUUAUCAAUUCAAUAUCCAAAUGAACCACCUGAAAUUCUUUCUUUGACAUCUACAACAAUGAAUCUUAUACCAAUAAAAUUGGAGAAUUCAGAUGGUAAUACGUUUUUUGAAUCAAUUUCGCGAAAUUUUGUUCAUUUUUUAUUUAAAUUACCAACCCAACAUACAGUUACUGAUAUUUUAGAUAUAUGGCAUACUGCCAUUCGAAAUGCUUCCUUUUCUCAAAAUGAAUCAUAA